AUGGCAUCGUGUGGAUAUUCCACGUUUGUUGGAGGGCCCUGUGGAGCUAGCCCUUCAAAUCCUGCAGAUGCAACGUGUGUAGCACUAGACAAAUGCACAAAAGACGUCAAGUCUCACUUAAACCAAUAUGACUGCUUUGAUUCGUCCUUGAAAACGGAAGCAGAUCUUCUUCUCGCAAGAGCAGGUAACUGAUUUGCACUGUAAAUAAAUAAAGCCUUUCCGAUGAGUUGAUCAAGUUGAUGCACUUUAACUGCUUGUUAUUAUAUGUCAUUCGUUUUAUUUUAUUUUAUUUUAUUCAUUAAUAUUAAUUUGUUUAUGCGUGGCACCGCAACUCCAAAGACCUCUCACCAAAGACCUCUCAAAGGCAGCAGCGUAGUUCCGGAAUUUGACUUACUAACUUUUGAUACUAACAGCUAACACAUUUUGCGAUUACCACAGGAUUGCUACAUGAAUUCACUGCGGUUUCUUUAUACAUUUUGUUUCAGGGAUUUUCGAAGUUGAUGAUAAUCAUAUUAAAAUGUCGAUUUGUCCACGACAUCGAGACGCCUUUGGUAUACGAUGGCGUAGCGGCAAAAGAACAUGUUCGGCUCCAAAAGACUGGGCGGCGCAUAAGAGUAAACAAGUCAAGGGAGAUCGGGGUAUCACCCUACCACAACGUAAAAGGAUCUUUAGGCUCACUUCAGUGCUUGUUCCAGUUGCGUCUCGUAAGUAACAAAAGAUAAUGCUAAGAAUUGCACAAUCCUCUAGUCCCUGGGAGCUGUGUAUGCAGCCGAAAGAAACCCGGCCAGAUGUUAUGUCUGGUCUGUGGCGUAGGCUGGGGACUGGUACUUAAAAUUUAGAAACAAUGAGCUGCCAUGAACAAAAAGCUUUAUGACCAAAUCCUAAUUCGAUGGGGAUCAAAUGCAUGUCUAAAUCAGUGAUUAAAACCACAUUUGCUGUGUUACAGACACCAACCAAAUUUGCAGUGAUUAUGGAGAUUCCACUGCAUUAUUUCACGAAGGCUGAAAUGGAUAUUCCGCAGAUUUUAUCGCUGAAUAAAGAAGAUGGGAAAUGUACUCAUGAGUUGUGUUUUUUCUGUUUUAAUUUUAGCCGUUUGUAAAAAAUGUCGGCUGGUGCUUGCAUCAGGGGCACCUUCAUCCCCGUGUGAAACAAAAGAAGAUGUCCCCCCUCCAAUCGCAAAAGAGAAACGAGACGUCUGCACAUCAUUUGCUUCAUCACCGUACAUUACAAAAGAGGAUGUUCCUUUCAAAGUCCAACAAGCAAAGGCAAAGGUAUUGUCAGUUGUUGACACUGACGAAACUGACUCGGUAAUAUAUUAUUAUCAUCAGAAUCAGAGACAGGAUUUGGAAUUGAAACAGUUUUCAAAUGGCUCCUUCUUGGGACCUCAACGAAAAAAAACCACAUGCACACAAAGAAACAGAUGGAGGAAGGAGGAUUGUUUUAAAUUAGAUCUGCACUUUGUUUUGCAGUUCGAAACAUGUAGAAUUAAAUCGAUGGCCAAAAUUUUUUUUUUUUGAAAUAAAAGCUACAGUUUUCAUCGUCUUCAUCAUUAUCAUCGGCCCAAUCAUCAUCAUUGCCAUUAUUUUGUAUUACUGUGAUAGUCGCUUAUAGCUUUUUAACUCCUUAUAUUAUUUUAUUAUUCUCUUUCUUAAUUUGGCUUUCUCUUUUCUUCUUUUCUCUUUUAUAUUUCAGGACAAUGAAAGUACCUCUGGUUUAA